GACUUGCUGGAGAGGUCCCUAAAAGGCAUGUUACUGGCACAGAGCCUCUCCAUCGGCGCCGCUGCCUGCUUCCAGAUGUUCGAGGUCGCCAUGAGUGCGGACGGAUUGCAGCAGAUUGGAAAAUUCGGCUUGUACUUAACUGGCAUGCUUGCGGAGCUUUUCAUUUACUGCUGGUUCGGGGAUGACCUUAUUACAGAAAGCGAGAACCUGGCCGUGGCGGCGUACGACGCGGUGACGUCACUGCAGGGAUGCCCCCUCUCCAUCAAGAAGUCGCUGCUUCUGCUGAUGCAUCGCGCGCAGAGACCUCUGCGGAUCACCGCUGGAGGUUUCUUCCCCUUCUCCAGGGAGUCAUUCGUGGCGGUUGUCAAUGUGUCUUAUUCAUUCUUCGCCAUUCUUCGAAAUUUCAAGGAUGACCAAGAGUAGCGAAAAUUUGUCUUAAUGCUUUGUUGUGUUACAAAACUAUGACAUGAAUAACACCAAUUAAUAUUAUGUAGUGAAGACUUGUACCCUUUCUUUUCAAAUAAUAAGUAAUGUCCGAAU